AUGUCUCUCAAUUUAUUAAUGUCAUCGAUUAAUGCGGCUCUGGAGCAACUGCUUUCUCGCGGUGGAACCGAUUGGACCGUCAAAUCAGUCGUUCCAACAAACGGUUGCAACAAAACUCUUCCCACCUGGAUGUCCACGGGGGUUUUGUCGACGGGGCGGGCCAUUCUGGCCAUCCUGCUCCGUUGCCUUUUUCUGAGAACCGGAAUUGAACCAAACCCAGCCCAUUGCAAAACCUACAACUGGCAUCAUUUCAACAACUGGACAACCAACAUCAACGGUUAUUACAACUGUAACAACUGUCGACGGCGCCGAUUGAUAUCUCACGACGGCCUACAUCGACAUCAACAUCAUCAAGCAACAACUAUUCCCACCACAGCAUUCACAUCGCAGCCCUCCAAGAAUCUAAGCUGUCUUAAAGCUCCAAAACGCCAGUCUUCAGGGAUUACGCGAUUUACCGCAAGGACCGAGGAAAUGGUCGAGGGGAGUCAGGCCAUCAUAAUCAAAGCGGGCGGCACAGAUAUCAACAUUGUCAACAUCUACAUCCUCCCUCAAUCAGUUUGCCCAACUGGCUUCUCAGUUUCAAUUUCACAAUUCCUAUCAAUACCGAACGUCGUUUUGUUGGGAAACGUAAACGCACAUGAUCCCCUGUGGUAUUCAAGUAUUCUAGCCAGUGAAAUCAAAAAUUUUUGCUGCGGCACGCUCAACCUGGAUACCCCGACGCGUCUCUCAACAUCCGGCCAACCCUCAUCACCAGAUAUCUCUGUCGCCUCGGACACGUUGAUCAUAAACAUGGAAUGUUUUAUCUUGGCUUCUUCAGCAUUCAUCAACAUCAACAUGAUCAACAAUAAUGCUACAAGCUUCCGAAAAACGACGUUUCAAAAUCAUCAUCGCCAGGUAGAAUGUUAA